GCAGGGAUCGCCUACCCUCCAUGUGACUUGCUGACGUUACAGUAGGACGCUGCUAAAGAGGAAUGCAGGGAAUGAAUACGGAUUACUGCUUAAGAAGGGAUCCACACUGCCCCUGACGUCCAAGUCGAGGAAGUCCGAAGUUUAGUUUUCGGCUGGGUAACUUGUUUGAUUCACAUAUUUCUUUCAGACCUCGACUACGGUAGGCCGACUCACGAUGUCCGGCGAUCAUCAUAAUGACAAGGAGGCCAUGAGUAUAUACUGUAUAACCCUCAACGGUCCAGCACCAUGGGGCUUCAGACUUCAGGGGGGGAAGGACUUCAGCAUGCCCCUCACGGUGUCCAGGCUGACCCCCGGGGGUAAGGCCGCCCAGGCCGGUGUGGGCGUGGGAGAUUGGGUGGUGUCCAUCGGGGAGACCAACGCAGAAGACAUGACCCAUGUGGAGGCACAGAACAAGAUCAGAGCAGCAGAGGAGUCUCUCACCCUUACCCUCAGCAAAGCUUUCCAUGCGGGUGGCGAUCAGAAGGAUUUGCUCGCCCCCGCCUCCGUUCAGCCCAAAUACUCCUUUGCCCCCAGCACCACUAUCAACAAGAUGGCCCGGCCAUUCACGCCGGGCGGCGGCAACACGGUCAUUAAACCAGUGGCGUACGCCCCUAAAGUUAACACCCCGGUCCCUGUCAGCAUGCUACAGCCACACAACGGCAUCAAGGCCUCUCGGUCACCUGCUAAGGCCCAGACCCAGGCAGCCGACAAACCUGACGCCUCUAAGUCUCCAGUCAACUCUGGUCCUAAGGUGCGCCCUCCAUGGGUGACUGACCCAGGUUUCGCUGACCGUUACGCCCCAGACAAGACCAGUACGGUUCUGACCCAGCACAGGCAGCCGGCCCAGCCUACUCCCAUGCAGAACCGCUCCUCUAUCCUACAGGCAGCUCAGCAGGCACCCGAGGACAGCGGAAGGACCCCUCUCUGUGGAGCCUGCAAAAAGAUAAUUAGGGGCCGGUACCUGGUGGCUCUGGGUCAGUCCUGGCACCCAGAAGAGUUCCAGUGUUCCCAGUGUAAGGUGAUGUUGGAUGAGGGAGGAUUCUUUGAGGAGAAAGGCUCAAUCUUCUGCACCAAGUGUUAUGAUAACCGCUACGCUCCCAACUGUGCCAAAUGCAAGAAGAUUAUCGUAGGGGAUAUCAUGCACGCUCUGAAGAUGACCUACCAUGUCCAGUGUUUCAUGUGUGCUGCGUGUAAGAGCCCCAUCAGAAACCAGGCCUUUUAUAUGGAGGAGGGAGAACCUUACUGUGAGAGAGAUUAUGAGAAGAUGUUUGGUACUAAGUGUCAUGGCUGUGACUUUAAGAUCGAUGCUGGGGACCGCUUCCUAGAGGCCUUGGGAUACAGUUGGCACGACACCUGCUUUGUCUGCGCUUUCUGCCAGAUAAACCUGGAAGGGAAGACGUUCUACUCUAAGAAGGAUAAGCCGCUGUGUAAAGGCCAUGCCUUUGCUCCCGUCUGAAAGGGAGGGGGGAGAGAGAGGUGGUUCAGAGGGGACAGGAACCAUUCUCUGAACCCUGAAGACCUCCGCAUCGCACAGCUCCAGUCACUCUCCACUCCACUGCAAACCAGACAGCUUUUCAGAUCCUCACUAUCGCUCAGCUAAAGAUGUGUUCACAUAUACUUCUAUCCCUGGACUUUUCAAAUGCAUCCUGUGCUGGCUCCCUCCCACUGGCUCCCUCCCACUGGCUCCCACUCGCUCCCUCUGCUGUCAGUCAUACUUCCUGGUCUCUUAGUCUAAGAUCUGAAGGAAUUUGAUGUCAACCUUUUUCCAACUAACUGCCUAGUUUCUCUGUUGUUCCUCAUAGCAGGUUACUCUAGUAUCAUGUUGUAGUGUUAUUACAAACAGAGUCAUUUCAAGCCUUAGCUCAUUGCUGUAUGUCUCAUGUAUUACCAGUGAACCACUGAAUAUGAAUAUAUAUAUAUAUAUAUAUGUGUGUCAUUCUCCCUCUGUGAUUGUGAUGCUAACCACUGGUGUUGUCAAGUCAUUCUUUACUGCAAUGUGUCUAGUCAGUUCAACUGUUUGGGCAGCGGCUGUUAGUUUGGUAAAAUAUCACACUUAGCUCCAUUUCACUUUGAAGUGACUUCAAAGUUGAACCAACCAUUUUAGUGUGUCAUUUUCUAAGAUGUUACAUUGAACUAUCGCUCCACUACCGACUUCAUUCAAAGUCCCCUCUUAGUCUUUGGUUCGUUUGAUGCCCCUCUAUACUCUAGUACUUAAGGUAAUAUAAGGGGCAACCUUGGUAAUGGGCAACCUUACUGCAGUACUGUUGGUAAUGGGUAACCAACAGUACUGCAGUAAGGUUGCCCAUUACCAACAGUACUACAGUAAGGUUGCCCAUUACCAACAGUACUGCAGUAAGGUUGCCCAUUACCAACAGUACUGCAGUAAGGUUGCCCAUUACCAACAGUACUGCAGUAAGGUUGCCCAUUACCAACAGUACUGCAGUAAGGUUGCCCAUUACCAACAGUACUGCAGUAAGGUUGCCCAUUACCAACAGUACUACAGUAAGGUUGCCCAUUACCAACAGUACUGCAGUAAGGAAAUCAGUCAAUUGAAAAAAAUUAAUUCGGCCCUAAUCUAUGGAUUUCACAUGACUGGGCAGGGAUGCAGCCAUGGGACGGCAUAGGCUGUCAGCCAAUCAGAUUCAUUUUGUUUUACCACAAUAGGGUUUUAUCACGUCCGUCCCCCUUCCCACACGGGAAGAAGCCGGAUGUGGAGGUCCUGGCAUGGUUAAACGUGAUCUGCGCUUGUGAGUCCGGUUGGACGUACUGCCAAAUUCACAAAAAACAACGGUUGGAGGCAUUUUAUGGGGAAAUAAAGAUCCAAUUCUCCGGCAACAGCUCUGGUGGACGUUCCUUCAGGCAGCAGGCCAAUUGCACUCUCCCUCAACUUGAGACAUCUGUGGCAAUGUGUUGUGUGACAAAACUGCACAUUUUAGAGUGGCCUUUUAAUGUCUCCGGGACAAGGUGCACCUGUGUAAAUAGAACCCUAUUCCCUAUAUAGUGCACUACUUUAGACCAGGGCCCUAUUCCCUAUAUAGUGCACUACAUUUUAGACCAGGACCCUAUUCCCUAUAUAGUGCACUACUUUAGACCAGAGCCCUAUUCCCUAUAUAGAACACUACUUUAGACCAGAGCCCUAUUCCCUAUAUAGUACACUACUUUAGACCAGGGCCCUAUUCCCUAUAUAGAACACUACUUUAGACCAGAGCCCUAUUCCCUAUAUAGUGCACUACUUUAGACCAGAGCCCUAUUCCCUAUGCCCCAUUCCCUUUUAUAAAGUAGUGCACUAUAUAAAGGAAAUAGGGAGUACUUUAGGACACAGAUCAUAUUGCACUGGUCACUAUAGAUACUGUAGAAAACUCCAUAUUGAUCCCAGAAUACUUCACUUCACGACAGCUAUAUUAGUAAUUGAUUUGUUUAAAUUGGAAUAGUACAUCAUAAAAAGGAUUUAGUAUUUUGAAGCAUCACUAUCCAAAAUACUAUUUAUGGAAAUAAACUAUAGCUUGUUUACAGGGCUGGGGGUCAAAUCCAGUUUAAACUAUAGCUUGUUUACAGGGCUGGGGGUCAAAUCCAGUUUAAACUAUAGCUUGUUUACAGGGCUGGGGGUCAAAUCCAGUUUAAACUAUGGAAGUGAGAUCUCACAGAACAUUUAUAGAAUAUCGUUACAACUAAUUGACUGUUGGAGUUGGAAUUGACCCUAACCUUUUUUUUUUUUUUAUGGGAUUUGUAGUCAUUGUUGUCCUGGGAUUUGUAGUCAUUGUUGUCCUGGGAUUGAAGUCAUUCUAUACAAGUGGCUGUGUGUAUUGAACCAAAUACUGUAUAAUCUAGGGCUCUAUUCAAUCCCAAUCUUUCAAAUUCAUCUUUACAACGUUAAUUAAAUUUAAAAGCAAUGUUCCGAACUGGGUUUUUUUGGCGGAGACUGCAUGGUAAAUGCUGUAUAUAUCGGCUCAAUAGCAAAAAAAGUGAAAUCUGUAACGCUUCAGCAACACCUGUUUGAAUAGAGCUCAAGUCUCACAAGAGGCCUGUGAAGAAGUAGUUAUUUGUUGGGUUUGAAACCAAAUAAUUGAGUAAUAAUGUAUUUGUUUGUUUGCAGAGGGCUGAGAUGGUUCUCGUCUGACAUGAACCCAUUCCUACAAUUGUACACAAUGUCAACCUAAUGGUCUGAUUCCCCCACUAACGUCAACUUCUGCUCCAAGAACAAUAGGAUUAUAAUUAUAGAAUUUAAAAAAUGAAAUUGUUGUUGUAUUAAAGUAUACCAAGUGUCUUUUCAAGCUUUGCACACUGAGCUUUUACGAAAAAAUACUUAAAUUCGAACGAAAAACUGCUGUAUUCAUGUGUACACGCUAGAGAUGUUUUUAGGGGAAUAAUUGAUAUCCUUGAUAGAUGAGCUGUAUUGUGUAUUAGAACCAGUUAAUGAAUAAAUAAAUAAAAUGUCUAUGGAA